AUGCAACGAAUCAGACAUGAACUUUAUAUUUGCUUAGAUGGAACGAUAAUCAGCUUUGGAAGUUCUGUUUGUUCUUCUAAAAGGCCGCACACAGAAAUUUCUUUAAUGGUUGUCAGUGAACUUCAUAAUAAUGGUGAACGCUCACAAAACCAAGAUAUAAACAAUAACUCUAAUAAUUUCAUGCGUCAACAUGUAACCGGAGCCCCAUCAAACACUCAAGAUAAUCUAAACAAUUCUAAUAAUACCUUUUUUCCCCAAGCAUAUGGGAAAAAUAUUGCUCAAACUUCUCAGCAGAGACCCUUAACAACUGAUUUUCCACAAAAAAAUUAUCAGUUACAGCAAGUAGCUGAUCAAAGCUUAAAUCAGCAGGGAAACUAA